CGCGGAGGGAGGCCAGCAGUGUGUCUCCGUCUGCAGGUGUUGUAGGACGGUCGUCGAGGACCUGUUUGUGUCGUGUAUUUCGUGAUCACAUUGAGGAAUGUUGUGCCCGUGAUUCAAAUGCUGAAAAAUCAUCUUGUGUAAUCUUUCACUUGGAAUCGAAAUGAAACCACCCCGACGUCACGGACAUUGACAACCCCUGCUGUUGCUAUCAAGACACAGGAUUCUUCCCCAAGGCCACAGGAAGCAACGAUCACGGUCAAUGUAUGGAGCACCUCUUGUAUCGUCAGCAGUCACCUGAGAGACACAGAGGAGGAAACACCGAGUCCUUAAGCGAACGAAGACUCAUCCCAUAAAGUCUUGUGGUUACACUCUCCAAAUAACACUUCCGGGCUGUUAAUGUUACUGACCGCUGACAAGUUGAUGCUUACGUUCUUUACGCCAGCCUUUCCCAAGACGAAUGUGGAAGCUCUUUAGAUUAAAGUGAUUAUCUGCCGAAUCUGAUAUGGAGCCAGCUGUCAAAAUUUGGCCUAUUCUCUUUCUCCUACUUGGCGAUGUGGCAGCCAUGAUGAUCUAUCAGGGUGACGGCUGCCUGGAGAAGUGUCCCGUCACACACCACUACAGCCCCGUGUGUGGCACGGAUUACGUCACAUACACCAACCCCAGUACGCUCCUCUGCUACAAGAAGUGCACUGACUCCACACUGGGCGUGGCACACUUCACCAGCUGCGUGGACUGGUUAACCGGCAACUACCGCUUAUGAGCACCGGUCUGCAGGGUCAACGUCACCUCCUCACCCGCAAAGCAGCCCACAAAGAAAACGGCCGUUCGGAAGGAAGUUACACCCAUUUGCAAUUUUCGGCUCAGGAAGAAGUUGGAAGGCGACUCUGUUGCUUCAUGGACUUUACUGACGCCGUUCUUUGCGAGGUCGUUCGAUCCCUUCUCUUGUUGGAGGAUUUAGUACAAACCGCCGUCGUGGACCGAUACGCUUUAGACCAGCGGUGUCCCUCUCAAGGACCGCACUUCAGUUCAGUUAUGCAACUAAAGAUCGUCAGUUUAAUCAGUGAAAUCAGCAUAGGCAUAUAAACGGGGUGCAAAAUGAAGUGAAACACAC